AUGUCUGAAGCUCGUACGCAUUGGGGUCUCUCAUGCCCUUACGGAGGCAGUUUCUACAUCUGUGAAGAUGACAAUACCCAGUUUAUAGGAUGUUGUGUCAAUGAUCCCUGUGGCAGGAAUAACGGAACAUGUCCUGAUGGUGAUUUGCGUGCGACGACCUUCGACUCUGACAAAUACUCCCAACUUCCUCGGCAAGACUGCGACAACUCUCAAGGUAUCGACAACUGGUACUCAUGUGCCCAUACGAACCCGCCUUUCGUUGGAUGCUGCAGCCAGAACGCUUGUAGCUCAGAGUGUCCAAGGACAAAGCUUGUGCCAGCUAAGCUAUCUGAAGUUGAGAAUAACAGACUCGACUUCCUUCACCCUAGUCAAAGUCAAAGCUCUACUGCCUCGAGUGUGUCCGAGACAGCCUCUACCAGAGCCUCAAACACCUCUGCAGUUGAUGCAGAUGAGGGCGAUGGCCUGGGAGCUGGAGCUACAGCCGGCGUCGCUGUGGGUGCGUCAGUCGGAGGUCUAACUGUCCUAGUUCUCGUGGCCUGGCUUUUCUGGUGGAAGCCCCGACAGAAGAACAAGCAUCAACGAGAACACGACGCAGGUUACAGCGUGCCUCCAGCUGCACCGACACUGACAGCGAAUCCGUUUCCACCCCCAAGUGGCCCUGUCCAUCCGAGCACAUUCGUGGCCCAAUCGCCCAUGAGCGGCUAUCAGCAGUCGUUCACUUCCUCUCCCACGGCUAUGAAUCCACACAAUAGCGGUCUAUCCUCUAUUGAGCAGUUCCAGAAGUAUUUUCCGAAUAUCUCUCAAUCUGAACGACCGCAAUCCUUCACAUACUUUCCGGAGCACAGUGCUCUACAUGCACACAGCCCCAACUUUCUUCCCCCGUACCAGCAACAGUACAAUAACAGUCACAGUCACAACCAACAACAGAUGGAUGUCGCUUCAGAAAUGGCUGGUAGUACAAUGCUUCCGCAGGAAAUGAGUACUGGUGCAGAGCAUCGCAUCAAUCGUCACUCGAGCAUUGGUCCAGAGACAGAGUUGAGCCUUGCCAGACCAUAA